UUCUAUUAAUAUCAAGUAAAAUUUUCAACGUAAUAUCUGAAAUGCCUAAGGCACGUACGUCGUAACGGAGGUAAACCACAGCUCACGACAUUUGUAAGCACUGUAUCACUUUUACUGUUGAUUAAUCUUGUCUUGUUAUUGUGUAUAGAUGCGUAUGUAAUGUAUGCUUUGUUAUAUACUACCUUACCAGUCUACCAUAUAUAAAAAUACCGGUACGACCGACAAUGCACUGUGUUGUACUGUAUAGUCUGUAUACUAGUUGUUAUUUUGUUUAGGUACUUUUUCAGAAUGCAGUAAUUUGUUAGAGCAUUAGGUAUAGUUGAACCAUCAUGUUAAGAAGCAACUCUUACAAUUUUGAAAGGAUUUCCACUUUGUAUGGAAGCAUGGCGUUAUUUCUAACAGUCGUGCACAAUGUGUUUCUAUUAUAUUACGUGGAGAUGUUUGUUACUGUUUACAAAAUUGACAAAACGUCAUUUUGGAUUGGAGAGAUUGCAUUUUUGGUGUGGAAUUCUUUAAACGAUCCAUUAUUUGGAUGGUUAAGUGACCGAAGUUUGCUUCAAAAAUCCACCUCAGUUCAUCCAUUGGACAUUGUGUUGUUACGAUUAAAGAGACUAUCAUGGAGUGGUCCUCUAUUUGCAGUGGCGUUUGCUUUGUUUUGGGUGAAAUGGCUACACCCGGGAGUUCAAUUUGUAAUAUGUUUAUGUUUAUAUGAUGGUUUUUUAACCACUGUGGAGUUACAACACACUGCGCUGUUGGCUGAUUUAGUAGUUCAUGCAAAAGAUCGAACCUUAUUAAACAAGAGAUCUUCACUCUUUAGUGCGAUUGGUUCAAUUAGUGUUUUCUUGUCUUAUAUGUUUUGGAACAAUUCAAGUCGUAUAUCAUUCCAGGUGUUCUGCAUGUGUUUGGCAGUUUUUUCAAUUGUGGGUUUCACGAUUUCAACAAGAAGCCUGAUAAAAUUUUGUGAAAUGCAAAAGAAAGACAAAGAAGAAUAUUACGAAUUAUCGGAAGUGGUUUCAACAUCAUCCAGUAAAACUCGUCACUCUAACUUGAAGAUAGGUUUAUCAGAAUACAUCAAACAGCUUGCUGUGAAUCAUAACUUUAGAUGGUUUAUUUCAAUGAAUUUAUUGCAGGUAUUCCACUGUCAUUUCAACAGCAACUUUUUUCCGUUAUUCCUUGACACAUUGGUAGGUGAUGCAGUGUCACCUGGAGUUGGCCCAUUCUUACUAGGAAUAUCUUUUGUCCUUCCACAUCUAAAUAAUCUCUACUUCCUAAAGUUAUGUGAAAAACAUGGUGUGUACAAAGUUAUUAACUGGUUGUUCUACACAAAACUUGCACUCACACUCUGUAUGUUGAUACUUGGAUCAAAGAAUAUAACAUUUCUAUGUGUCUUUAUUGCAAGCAACCGUGUAUUCACUGAAGGCACAUGCAAGUUACUGAACCUUGUUGUAACGGACUUGGUUGAUGAAGAUGUUGUGAAACACGACCGUGAACAAGCGGCAUCAGCUUUAUUAUUUGGAAUGUCGUCUUUAAUGUCAAAACCCGGUCAAACUUUUGCACCACUGCUUGGAACUUGGUUGCUUGCUUUUUAUACAGGUGAAGACAUGUUUGGAAGCAACUCUAUUGGUUCAAUCCAAUCACAACAAACUGAAAGGGAAAUGGUAUCCAAACAUGAUGCGUGUUUUGCAAUUUUAACAGCUGUGCCUAUUGUAUGUGCAACACUGCAGAUAUUUGCAUGGAGUAGAUUCACUUUACAUGGGGCCAAGCUAAAUUAUAUCAAGUCAGCAAGACUUGGUAAAUCAAGUGAUCAAAUUUGAAGGUUAAGGUUUUUAUUGGGUUCAUAUGGUGAUGGUUAACAUAAGAGGUGUAUCAAGUGAAUACUGGUUCAUGGAAGCAGUGGUUCAUUGCGUGGUACGGUAGUUUCGGAAAGGGGAAAGUUUUAACAUGAAACUGUAAUGAUUUUUUUCGGUGUUUACAUAUUGCAGUGCAGGCUGAGUGCUUUUUAAAGACACUUUUCAUUGGUAGAUUUACAAGUUUAAUAUAUUACUUAUGGAAAUAGAUAAAUUUUAAAGUUUUAUAAAGCAGUCGGAAUCCGCAGAUUUUUUAAAAAUCCACAUUUAGUUCUAGUGCAAUAUUGCUAUUUUUUUUAUUACAAGAUCACUGUUAUAUUUCUAUGUAAAAAGCUCUUUGCAAAAUUGUUCUUUGCAAAAUGUUAAGUUUUCUUUCCAUUUUCUAAUUUUUAUCUGUCGACUUUAAAGAUUGUAAAGACUUUUAUACUAUCAAUAUCAGUUCAACACUUUUUCCAUUGUUGUUUAAAUAAAUUAUGUUUUUUUUUAUAAAACUCUGCUUGAAUUUUUAGUGACGGAAAAGCUUUUAUAUGUUUUUUGGUGGCCAUACAACAAAUUAUAUUUGAUGUAACUUGAUUGUUACAAUGUGUAUUGCCUUAUUUGUGUGUUUAUUUAAGACAUUAUUAUUACGCAGUAAGACUCAGUCUAACUAAAGCAUCAUUUGCCAAUUUGGUGUAUCCAAAGCAAAAUGUAUUAAAAGUAUAUCCUCCA